GGUGAUCAGCAGUCCUGGUGUCUUCUUCAUCAUCAUCAUCAGGUACGACAGUGUUGGCUUGCGUUUAAUCGAUAUGAAAAUAUAUUUUAACUUAUUUCCUUCCUGCUUUGACAUCAACUUGGAAAAUAGUCACUAUUGUGCCUUUGGUGCUUAUCUUGUACAUGGCUGUUUUGUAAGAGUGUGACUACAUCUGAUUUUUUUCAUACUAUGCCUACAUGGUACACUUGUACACAGGCGUAGGGGACAGCAAGUGUGCCUCACAUUACGCAUCUACUCAGUAAACCCAACAAUGCAGCCCUGUCUUUGGCUAGAUACACUGCAUACCAACCCUUACAUGGUUUUCUUUGGACUUCCCAAUGAAAUGGAAAUGCAUACCAUUCUUCUGCAGAGAUAGGAAACUAUAGACUAAUACUACACUUCAACCAGAAACUUGACUUUACUACAAAUAAAAUAAUCUUUCACACUCUCCAAAGCCUUACAGUUGUGCUUUUCUAAAAAGAAACUGUCAACUAUUACAUAUUUUUUUUUCUUGCUGAAAUAAUUUAGCAAGAAAAUGUAAAAGAUAUUUUAGGAGAAAAUGUUACAAGAACAAAGUUAAGGUGUGAGGGGACAAAAAGUUUCAAAAUGGACCAAAAAGAGAAACUGUUACAAAAUGAGUAAAAAUUAACUUAUGAUAAACAAUUGUGUUUUUGUGAGUCAAAGGAAUAACUACUAACUUUAAUAAUUGUAUCAGAGGGAAAAAAGUUGCCAAGAUUUGAUUUAUUGGACUUUAUUUAUUUUGACCUCUAAAGUGCUAAAAGGAACUUUUCUCUUUUAGAAGAGAAAGUCUUGGACACAGUAAAAAAAAAAGUUUUUUGUUCAUUUUUGUAAUGAAAGUGGAGGUUCUCUUGCAGGUCGGUGCGUGUGAGUCACCAUGAGUCCUAAACGAGUCGUGUUCAAGAAAACGUCUCGCGACAAGUCGGUGGCCAUCUACAUGUCCAACAGGGACUUUGUGGAUCACUGUGAUCACGUGGAUCCAGUUGAUGGAGUCAUCGUCAUCGAUCCUUCACAGCUGAGAGGAAAACAAGUCUACGUCAUGUUGUCGUGUACCUUCCGAUACGGCCGCCAGGACAUGGAUGUGAUGGGCGUUGCUUUCAGGCGGGACCUGUUUGUGGUGACCCGGCAGGUGUACCCGGAGUUGCAGGACAAGGACAAGCUGACCCACACCAAAGUUCAGGAGAAGCUGCUAAGAAAACUUGGAGACAACGCAUUCCCCUUCUUCCUGGAGUUUCCCGACAACCUGCCCAAUUCUGUCAGUCUGCAGCCGGGGCCUACAGAUGAUGGCAAGAAAUGUUCGGUGGAAUUUGAGGUGAAGGCUUUCUGUGCAGAGAAGCGGGACGAGAAGAUCGACAAACAGAGUUCAGUUCGUCUCACCAUCCGUAAGAUCCAGUACAGUCCGCAGGAUAAUCAGGUGUCUCCCGUCGCCGAGACCACCUUCGACUUCCUGAUGUCUGAGAAACCUCUUCAAGUCAAACUGAGUCUGCCCAAAGAGACCUUCUACCACGGCGAGCCGGUCCACGCCAACGUGGAGAUCGCCAACGCCUCCAACCGUACCGUGAAGGACAUCAGCUUGUCAGUGGAUCAGGUGACCAAUGUCAUCCUCUACUCCAACGACAAGUACGUGAAGUCUGUGGCCAGAGAGGAAACAAGCGAUUGUGUUGCAUCCGGGGCCAGUCUGGAGAAGAAGUACACGCUGUACCCCAUGCUGAAACACAACAAGGAACGCAGAGGAAUCGCACUGGACGGGCGUCUCAAGCAUGAGGACACCAACUUGGCUUCUUCCAGCAUAGUGAAGCAGGAGGUUCUGAAGGAGCUUCAGGGCAUGUUGGUGACUUACAAGAUGGUGUUGAAGAUGAUGGCUUCAGGAGCUCUGGGAUCCAGCGAGGUUUGUGUGGAACUUCCUUUCCGACUGAUGCAUCCUAAACCAGAAGGUACGUCACCUCUCAUCACCAUGACAACCGGUGACAUCACACACACACACACGCGCAGCAAUCUGAUUACCUGUUGUUGUUGUUGUGUCAGCACAAUACAAUCCGCCUAACACACACACACACACACACACACACGUUAAAUCAACACAGAAAGUUGAGUGACAAAGCGUGAACACAACAGCACACUUUUUUAGCACACUAUUAGCUUUUUAAUUAAUAUUUAUCAAGCUGCACUUGUGAUGACCGUUGGAAUCUUCUAUAUUUGCAUUGGACAAAGAAGAUAUCAUUUGGAAAAUAAAGUUAGAAUAUUAAAUUAUUAA